AUGGAGCAGUUUCCUCUAGCCCCUGAACCUUCUGAGAAUUCAUCCUUUUAUGAUUCCAGGAACAAGCAUCUGAGCUUUGCUAGCAAGGAUACCAACUAUUUUAGAAGCAAAGCUGAUGGACUCAAGAAAGGCAGACUUGACACUGGUGGCAAGUACCAUGAACAAAACGUAGCAGCUGUUGAAGCUUCAUAUUUGGUGACACUCAAAAUCGACAGAGGUAUGAAACCUCAUACCAUUGCUGAGGAUUUACUGUUGCCAGUGGCCAAAGACAUUGUUCGAGGUAUGAUCGGAGACGAAUUUGUUACAAAAUUGAGUGCAAUUUCCUUAUCUAACGACACUGUCCGCAGAAUAGAUGACAUGUAUGCUGACAUUCUUGAUCAGGUAACCCAGGAAAUUAAAUCUGCUCCACUUCCAAUAUUUAAUAUCCAGAUUGAUAAAUCUACAGAUGUUGCAAACUGUUCACAGUUACUGGUUUACGUGAGGUAUAUUAAUGAUGGUGACUUUAAAGAUGAGUUUCCUUUUUGCAAACCUCUUGAAACAACAGCUACUGCAUGUGAUGUAUUUGACACAGUUGGUUCAUUUCUGAAAGAGAUGGUUCCAAAUGAAACUUCAGCUUUGGCAAAAAAAAAAAAAAAAAUGGAUGAAAAUAAAAAUUACAUGUUGUCUACCUUAUCUGCUUUCUUUGAAGAACAUGACAUUGAACCAGACAAAAGGAUUACGAUGAUGAUUUCUGUGAAAGAACACUUGCACAUGCUUGCAGAUGAAAUUUCAUCAUACUUUCCAAAUCUACCUGAAACCCCAUUUGCAAAUGCCAGAAGCCCAUUCACAGUUAAAGUUGAAGAUGUUCCUGAAACAGCACAAGAGGAGUUCAUUGAACUUAUUAACAAUGAUGCAGUGAGAACUGAUUUCUCUACAAUGCCAGUUACAAAAUUCUGGAUCAAGUGUUUGCAGUCAUAUCCUGUUCUGUCUGAGACUGUGUUGUGCCUUCUUCCAUUUCCAACAACAUAUCUUUGUGAAACAGGGUUUUCCAGCUUCUUGGUUAUCAAGUCUAAAUAUAGAAGUAGACUUGUUGUGGAAGAUGAUGUACAUUGUGCUCUUGCAAAGACUGCCCCGAGAAUUUCUGAUCUGGUGAGAAAGAAGCAAUCUCAACCUUCACACUGA